AUGUUAAUGAAGCUUAGUAGCCUGGCAGCCUGGCUUGCGCUAUCUGGCGGACUUGCCACAGGCCGAGACGUACCUCCUUCGGGAACGAGCACGGCUUGUACGUGCAACAUCGGAACCAUCCCGGUCGCUGUGGACGUGCGCAUACCGAGUGAUCCGUCCUUGCCUAUCAACACCACUGACACAAGGCGUAUUCAUGAGAUAUACGAUAUCUUCGGCGUUCUAUGCGCACCCAAUGAGGAUGCUUCCUCCGGCCUUUCUGAUCGAGUCCAGUUGUUGCUGCAUGGUAACACGUACACGACUGCUUACUGGACCUUCCCCUACAACGGAUUCCGCAACUACUCCUACGUCGCGUAUUCGUGCGAACGCGGCCUGUCCUCAUUCGCCUUUGACAUGGUCGGGUCAGGCCUCAGCACUCGCCCAUCCAACUCAUCCGAUAUCCAACUAUUCGUCGCCUCGAAUGUUACAAGCUCCCUAUCCGCCAUGCUCAAAGAUGGGACUGUCAGCCGCGCCCUUGGAGGUAGCGGCAAGCGAUUCUCGAAGGUCGUCGCCUUCGGGCACUCUCUCGGGGCGGUGACGCUCAACUGGGUAGCGAUCGCGCUCGGGUCUCGCACGCCCUUCGACGCCUUCGUGCCCACCGGGCACAUCCAUGACCCUGGAUUCAUCGUUAUCGAUCCAGUUCAGCACGUACCCGCGCGCGAAGUCGAUCCCGCGAGAUGGGGCAAUCUCGACCCAGGGUACAUCACGACGCCCAACAUCUCCGCACGCGCGACCUUCUACUCCACCGAUACGACGACGUUCUCGUCUCAGGUCCUCAUGAUCGACGAGUUGACGAAGGAUCUAGGUUCCUCGGCGAUGGCCCCGGCGCUCGAGGGAGCUGUGUAUGUACCGGCCACCGGCUUCACAGGCCCGGUCGCGAUCGUGGUGGGCGAAGACGACCAGGUACAUUGCGUCAGCCCGGGGAACGACUUCCUUCCCUGUAACAUCACGAGCGUCCUAGCGCAGGAGAGGCCGUUCUAUUCCGACUCGAAGAAUGUGACUGCGUUCGUCGUACCGAAGACAGGUCAUGAUUUAGACUUGCAGUUCACGACCAACGAGACUUUCCAGCUUUUCACUGACCUGGUGAAUGAGCUCGUUUAG